GCUUUCUCCCCUGGUCGAGCAACGCGCAUGGUGACGCAGCUGCCUUUGGAGCUGACCGCAAACGUGCUGCUUACUUUAGUGGCCGAUGCCACCAAGAUCAGGGCUUUUCCACGGGCAGAUGAACAGCUGUGCAGGUGUGGCUUCAAAACGUGCACCCCAGCGAGUUGUCUCAAAGGAUGUUGCUAUGGUAGGCUUGCUUCUAUGAUGCGGACAUGUACCAGAAGCUGGCGAGCAAUCCUUGCGGGAAAUUUGUGGGGCAAGGCGGCUGGCAUGGUGCUGUGGCCUCCUCGCCUGGCAUCAAGCGCAGCUGAGCUCAGGUAUUGGACAGUAUUUUCUGUUACCUAGAACUUGGAAGGCUUGGGGUUGUCGUCAGUCAUCAAUGCGCUGUCAGGACCUGAUAGGGAUUUUGUCUAUCCUCUGUGUUCUUGUCCCUUGUGCCCCUCCUCCAGUACAUUCUGAUGUGCGGAUUGAUCACCCGGCGGAUUAUCAAAACUUCCAGAGCGCAGGCUUUCGGGCCAGGGGGUACGGGUUGGGCGAUGGCGUCGCGGGGUCGGUGGCGAUGCUGACGCAAAUCCCUGGCUGCUGUGGUUGCGAACUCCAUCUCAGUUGUUUGCAAGGGCGCGACUGAGGUGAACGAGGUCACGGUGGGUGGUCCUACUCGCGCAGGAACAGCCAGACGACUGGUUCACUUUGGUUCGCCUUGCGUUGCAUGGCGAGAACCUGGUUGCUUCGGCUUAGUACAACUCUUUGGGGGCUGGCGCGCGUGGUGGUCGGGUGCGGUUUCUGGUGCGCGUCAAGGAGAAUAGCAACACGUCCACACGUGACGAAAUGUUACAAAAAGGGGAAAGUGGGUGGAGCUGCGGCUGAAGCUGGCCAGCGUGAUGGCCACUGUGCAGGCUGGGCGCCUGCUAGAGCCGGAUUUGGAGUGAAUAAAAUGUCGCGCUGUUUGCUUUUUGGGCAUGGAUCUAUUGGGAGUGUGUCCCAAGCGAGUCCCGUUGGGCAGGGUGUGCGGGCCCUUGGCUGAUGCGCAGAAGUUUUCCUGCAAUUGCUUUGCUGACAUGCCGCUCAGGACUUCAUGCGCAGCCCUGUAAGGGCUGGGAGUGGCGCGCUGGGCGCGACGGCUUGAGACAGGGAGGACGGCGCACCGCUGCAGCGAUUGGGUCCCGACUCUUCAAGCCAGGGAAUUUGGCGCCUGUGGCACGCAGGCAGAGACCUCGCGGAAGUCUUUGGCACGGCUGUUGUACGCAUCGGGUUCCUCUUGCCGAUACCUGCGGAUCAACUGCAUGGCUUUGCAGCCUGGAGAGCUCAGCUGGCUGUCCACAUGCUGCCCCGCGGUGGAGAUGUUGCAGCUUUGCUUCUUUGGGCCAGGCACCGGAAUGGAGUGGCUCAAGACCUGGGCUUCCACUCUAAGGCAGUUAUGUAUCCAUUUCUGGUACGAUGACUGCCUGGGCCCGCCGCCAGUCCUAGAUGCCAUUCAAGAGAUCCUUCGGUCCUGCACGCUGGACGGUUUGUGGCUGACUGGCAUCGACUGGCCGCGGGCACGCUCGCAAAUAGCUCAUGCGGUGCAGGCUGCGCUGUCCAGAGCGGCGCUGCACUGUUGUCACAUCUCCUUGGAGGGCUCGCAACCGUGGCCAGAAGAGGAAGGAUGGGUGCGCAACAGUUUGCCGUUCUACAAGUUCUCACGGCCAAGCCGAGACUCUUCGAAGUUCUUGGAUUCUGAUUCACCCAGGAGCUGGGAGCCAUGCGUGCCAGCGGUCUGAAAGUCAAAGUGAAUCUACUUGCUGACCGCACGCGCUGACGCUGGAUCAUUCUGCUGCGCUUUGGGGUUUCAGGUUGGACUGCGUAGCUUGGCGGGCCUGACUUUGGUGUCGCGCACGGUUCAACUGCUCGGGCCAUGCCUGAGCCUUUGAAUCUACAUCACAUAGCUUCAGUGACACUGGCUAGGCCAAAUGGCCUGCCAGGGUCUGAGACAGCGUGGUGGUUCUUCCAAGACCCGCUUGCAGGAUUGCACAAGGAUCA